AUGACAAGCUCUCUUUGCAGUGUUGCCUCACUCUUGGUCAUUCUAGAAGCAACGUCUACUACAAAAAUAUAGGAACUACAUCAGAAAUUAGAGUGCUGUUUGCAUAGACCACAUCUUUGGACUACUACCUGCCACAAGACUCAGGGCAUUCACAAUGAACAUUAGUGAAGACGAUGUGGAGAAGUUUCUUGAUGGCAACCCUGCUUUCGCCAAGCAGUACUUUGAGAAGAAACUAAAAGCAGAGUCCUGGGAUAGCAAUGAGUCUGAAAUCCUUUUUGAGUUGAUCCAAGACAUGCAGGAAAGCAUCAACAUGGAGAAAGUUGUUUUCAAAACCUUGAGAAGAAUAAGGUCUCUCAUUCAUGCAGACCGCUGCAGUCUUUUCAUGUACAGGCAGAGAAAUGGCACACCCGAACUGGCAACAAGGCUUUUCAACAUCCAAGAGGGAAGCACCCUGGAGGAAUGCCUGGUCUCCCCGGACUGCGAGAUUGUCUAUCCAUUAGACAUAGGCAUCGUGGGCUAUGUUGCACAAACCAAGAAAACCAUGAACAUCAAGGAUGUCAGUGAGUGUGCCCAAUUCAGUCCAUUUGUUGAUGAGCUCACCGACUACACUACAAAAAGCAUCCUUGCGACACCCAUCUUGAAUGGCAAAGAUUUAGUUGCUGUCAUUUUGGCUAUUAAUAAGCAAAACGGCCCACACUUCACCAGCUCUGAUGAAACACUUUUUCUGAAGUACUUGAAUUUUGCCUCCUUGAACUUGAAAAUUUAUCACUUGAGUUAUCUUCACAAUUGUGAGACUCGAAGAGGCCAGGUGCUGUUGUGGUCAGCUAAUAAGGUUUUUGAGGAACUGACAGACAUUGAAAGACAGUUCCACAAGGCUUUUUAUACAGUGAGAGCAUACCUGAACUGUGACCGGUACUCUGUAGGCCUACUGGACAUGACAAAGCAGAAGGAAUUUUUUGACCUGUGGCCAGUCCUGCUUGGAGAAGUUCCGCCCUACUCAGGACCUCGCACCCCAGAUGGCAGGGAAAUAGUCUUUUACAAGGUCAUUGAUUAUAUACUACAUGGAAAAGAAGACAUUAAAGUCAUCCCAAAUCCUACCCCAGAUCACUGGGCACUAGUUACUGGACUGCCAACUUACGUGGCUGAAAGUGGGUUUAUUUGCAACAUUAUGAAUGCUGCUGCAGAUGAGAUGUUUAACUUUCAGGAAGGUCCUCUAGAUGAAUCAGGAUGGACUAUCAAAAAUGUUCUCUCCAUGCCAAUAGUCAACAAAAAGGAAGAAAUUGUUGGUGUUGUCACAUUUUAUAACAGAAAAGAUGGGAAACCCUUUGAUGAACAAGACGAGACCCUCAUGGAGUCCUUGACACAGUUCCUGGGUUGGUCUGUACUCAACACAGACACAUAUGAUAAGAUGAACAAACUGGAGAACCGGAAGGACAUUGCUCAGGAUAUGGUGCUCUACCAUGUGAAAUGUGACAAGGAUGAAAUCCAGGAAAUUCUGCCAACACGAGAAAAGCUGGGGAAGGAGCCAAGUGAGUGCGAAGAAGAGGAGCUGGCAAGCAUCCUGAAAGAAGAACUCCCGGGGCCCACCAAGUUCGAAAUCUAUGAGUUCAGGUUCUCUGAUUUUGACUGCACUGAGCUAGAGCUGGUGAAGUGUGGCAUUCAGAUGUACUAUGAGCUUGGAGUGGUGAAAAAAUUCCAGAUCCCACAGGAGGUUCUGGUAAGGUUUGUAUACUCUGUCAGCAAAGGCUACCGGAAGAUAACUUACCACAACUGGCGCCAUGGCUUCAACGUUGCACAAACCAUGUUCACACUCCUGAUGACUGGCAAACUGAAGCGUUACUACACAGACCUUGAGGCCCUUGCAAUGGUAACUGCUGCUCUGUGCCAUGAUAUUGACCACAGGGGAACCAACAACCUUUACCAAAUGAAGUCUCAAAAUCCUUUAGCCAAACUUCACGGAUCCUCAAUUUUAGAGAGACAUCACUUGGAAUUUGGAAAAUUCUUGCUUUCUGAAGAGUCGCUGAAUAUAUGUCAGAACCUCAACCGCAGACAGCAUGAGCACAUGAUUCACCUGAUGGAAAUUGCCAUUAUAGCAACAGACCUGGCACUCUAUUUCAAAAAGAGAACAAUGUUUCAAAAGAUUGUUGAUGAGUCCAAGACCUAUGAUAGCACAACUGCCUGGACCGAAUACCUGUCUCUGGAAACAACAAAGAAAGAGGUCGUCAUGGCCAUGAUGAUGACUGCAUGUGAUUUGUCAGCAAUCACAAAGCCUUGGGAAGUCCAGAGUAAGGUAGCUCUCCUAGUAGCAGCCGAGUUCUGGGAGCAAGGGGACUUAGAAAUAAGCGUCCUUCAGCAGCAGCCUAUUCCCAUGAUGGACCGGAGGAAAGCUGCUGAGCUUCCGAAACUUCAAGUGGGUUUCAUCGACUUUGUGUGCACGUUUGUCUAUAAGGAAUUCUCCCGUUUUCAUGAGGAAAUUCAACCUAUGCUUGAUGGGCUGCUGAACAACAGAAAUGAAUGGAAGACCCGUGCUGAUGAAUAUGAUGCAAAAAUGAAAGCUCUGGAGGAAGAGAAGAAGAAAGAGGAAGAGAAGAUGGCUGCAAAGAAAGAUGAAGUAACCUGUAAUGGAGGAACAGCUCCAGCUUCCAAAACCUGUAGCAUACUUUAG